AUGGCCAAUGGCAAACCAGGAAGUGGACUCUCAGACACCAGAUCUACUGGUGCCUUGACCUUGGAUUUCACAGCUUCCAGAACUGAAGGAAAUCAGACAAUUCCAGGUAAUAGGACCAAGAACACCAGUCAUUGCCUUGGUUGGGGAAGAGGCUGUGGUUUCCUAUCACCUCAGCCCAUCAAUGGAUGCUCAGAACAUGGAAUUGAGAUUAUUCUUCAAAAUUAUCCUUCAGGCCUGGUGCAUCAAUAUAGGAAUUUCCGGGAUAGUUUGGAGCAGCAAGUGCCAGAGUACCAAAGGAGGACAGAAUUCCUGAAGGAGAAUAUUACCAAAGGUCAUGUUGCCUUAAGGAUCCAACCCACCCAACCUUCCGAUGGUGGGGAUUAUACAUAUUUCUUUGAAAGCUCCACUUUCUACAACGAAGCAAAAUUCAAAUUAUUGGUCACAGUUCCAGGUACGGCUCCUCAUAUUCAUCUACAGCCUGGCAGUAAGAGUGGCAUUAAAUUGACCUGCAGAUCCAUGGGGUGGUUUCCAGAGCCUGAAGUACAAUGGAGGGACUUUCAAGGAUUGCGCUUGGCACCAGCCUCUGAGACAAAGAGAAUAGAAGAAAAUGGGCUGUUUCAUGUGGAAUCAUCUAUCACAGUGAAUACAAGUUCAAGAGCAGAUGUGUCCUGUGUUAUAAGGAACCUAAUACUCAGUGUGGAGAAGGAGGUGCAUAUCUCCAUGACAGAUGACUUGUUCCCCAAGGACUGUCCUUGGGCAGUGGGGUUUGCCCUUCCACUGUCUUUCUUGGCCAUUGGUAUAGCAGCCUGUGUUCUACUUCUGUGUUCCAGAAAAGCCAAAGGUAAAUGGAAUUUAAAAAAAAGUGGAUAUUAGCUUCAUUUGUAGAGAAUUAUAGUAUAAUAGUAACAAAAACUCAUAAGUGGUCUAUAGUUGGUUUUUAGCAUUUAAAAUUGGGAACAAGAAAACAUGAACAGAAAAAAAUAAUUCCAUCUACAAACUCAUGGCUCUGAAUGCUUUUCAGAUAAUACAGGUUGUGUGUUCAAGGUCAUUUAUUUCAUCAACAACAACAGCAAGAUAUGCUUUGUUAUCUGACAAAUGUGCGGGUUUGGAAUAUUGAUUAUUUAUUUGUCUAUGUGUUUGUUUAUGCACCCAGAGAUAAUCAAAUUAUCUGUAACAUAAUUUAACUGAAACCUUAGUUUAGCAUUUGGAUGGUAUUUUCUGUUAUCAGAAUGCCAUUGUUCUCUAAUUUUUUGGGGGGGUUCAGGUUAGAGCAAUAUUCAGAACAUUUGUUUGUGAGCAUAAGUAAGAAGAUAUUAACAAAUGAGAGUUCUUAUCCAGGCCAUGACUGCCUGUGACUUCCUUUCUCCAGGCCCUAGAAAAUAAUGUCUCAUAAGAGAGCUUGUUUCUCUGUGCUCUAACUUGAUUACUUUUCUCUACACAAGACUGACUACCCACAGCCUAUGGCACUCCUGUGCCUCACUCUCAAUGUAUUCAGGGAGUUCUUUAAACAAAUGCUUUCUUCAGAGAUAAUAUCAGUACUGUAGAAAGACUUAGCAGCUAUUCCUGUAGAACUUAGAUAUAUUUCUAUUCAGUUUUUUCUACAUUGAUUGAAUUUCCUGUAUCUUGAGGGCAACAUGCCAGCGAACAUGAUUUACCUCCACUAGGUAAGAGAAGAGAAUCAGGACAGUGACCAAAAGUAAAAAAAAAAAAAACAAAAAAAACGGCAACAAUAACAACAAACACUGACUGUGAAGAGAUGCAUUGCAUUGUGUUAAAGUUCUCUUAUCACCUGUCAGUUCAAGCAAAUGAUAUAGUUCAUACCCUUAAAUUUUUGUACAACAUAUAAAUCUCUCAAAAUGUCCAAUAUGUCUACUUGGUCAAUUUUAAAAGGUAGUUUUUCUAAAAAUGUGGGAUAUAUAUUUUUCAAGGCAGCAAAAUGGUAUUUAUCAGCUAGAGCAUAGUAUAUCAAAACAUAAGAACCUUAUUGGGCAUUGUUUGAAUAAAUUGUCUAAAAGGCUAAUUAUGUGGAAACCUUACCUAAAUUUACAAUUCUAGUGUCAACGCUUAUUAUUAAUCUACCAAAUCAAUCAAUAAUUAUUUUAUUUAAUUGAAAACAAUUGUUGACUAUACUGGAAUUAAAAUGAAAAAAACUUAAUUAAAAAUGUAUAGCUGACAAACAAUAUUACAUUAGUUUCAAGUGUACAAUAUAGUGAUAAAACAACUAUUUAUGCUUUGUUCACCACAAAUGUAGCCACCAUUUAUCAUUAUACAGCUAUUAUAAUAUCAUAAAUUAUAUUUUCCACACUGCAGUUUUCAAUGAUGAGAAUUAUUCAUUUCAUAACUGGAAUCCUGUACCUCCUACAUUACCCCUUCACCCCUUCACCCCCACUUCUGCAACCACCAGUUUGUUCUCAGUACUUAUGGGCCUGGUUCUGAUUUGUUUGUUUUGAAAUCAUAUGGUUUUUGUCUUUGUAUGACAUCUCAC